ACCGGAAGCGGAAGCGCCGCGCGCCAGUAAACCGCUGCUCCCUCUCUCCCUCCGGCUGCUGCUGGCCCAACCGCUGCUGGGCUCUAACCGCCACCAGCCCCAACCGCCACCGGGCCCCGGCCCAGCCCAGCCCAGCCCGGCCCCGCCCGGGGGAGGGGCUCCCGCCCGCCGCCGCCCUCGUUGCUGCCUGGAGGCGCUGCCGGCCCCUCGCCGCCUUGCCCGCGUCUUCCCUGCCCGGCGGCCGCUAUGUCCGACAAAGAGUUCAUGUGGGCCCUCAAAAACGGGGACCUGGAUGAGGUGAAGGACUACGUGGCUAAGGGUGAAGAUGUCAACCGGACACUUGAAGGUGGGAGGAAGCCUCUUCACUAUGCAGCAGACUGUGGACAGCUUGAGAUUCUGGAAUUCCUGCUAUUGAAAGGAGCUGAUAUUAAUGCUCCAGACAAACAUAAUAUUACACCACUCUUAUCAGCAGUCUAUGAGGGCCAUGUUUCCUGUGUGAAAUUGCUUCUGUCAAAGGGUGCUGAUAAGACUGUGAAAGGCCCAGAUGGACUAACUGCCUUUGAAGCCACUGACAACCAGGCAAUCAAAACUCUUCUUCAGUGACGGAUGGACUGAUAUCUUAAAUGUCUCUCCUGUGGCCUCACACUGCUGCCUGUCUGUCACUCUUUGCAUCUUCCAGCUUCUUCAGCUAAAUACUUUGGGGGGAGGGAAAUUCUUUAUGAAUCAGACUAGUUAGGGGCCUUUAUCGAAGAUAACCUGUUUGGAGAAGGUUGGAAACAAUUAUGAGCAGUGUCCCUCUAGGACUUCUUUUCAGUGCACAAUCUCUUCCCAUUUCUAGUGAAAACAGAAGAAGAGAGACCAUGAUCUUGAAUUUUUGGCUUGUAAACCUUCUAGGUUAGUACUAAGAUUUUUGUUGGAAGAUUCCUUUAGAUGGAAAGUACUGUGCUAUGUACCUGAAACUAAUUGUGAAGGGGACAAUAGUCCCAUGCUAUUAGUGUCUGCUAUAAUCUGAAGUGUAGUAAUGUAGGUGGCUGGGUUGCUUUUCUCUCAUUUCUCUGUGGGUAGCUUUAUUCUUCCUCUGCCUAAAGCUUAUGUUGCAGUUUUGAGGACUUUUGAUACUAGUUAUUGGAGCUGGUCUUUUUAUUGACUAAUUGGAUGUCACACUAAUAUUUUUUCUGACUCUUGAGUAAACCAGAAAAGAUGAGUUGAGGCAUGGUGUUACACUCCAGAAUAUCUGCCAAUAUAGUUUUGGAUGCUUGAAUUUGAGUAUUUUUUUCCUAUGCAUGUUCUAGUCCAAGACAGGUUUAAAGCAACUGUUUUUAAUAGUUAAAAACCUCAUUGCACUUAUUUCUAAAAAUGAUUGUAAGAUAGAAUUUAUUCUUUAUUCACCAUGUCAGCAUAAAAUUUAUCCACAUGUAAAAGCUCCAGGCUGUUUUGUAUGCAAAGAUAAUCAAGUCGUACAAAAUGAACAGUAAUUAUUUAGACAUAAAUGUGUCAGGUGAAUAUAGUUGCUAAACCUCUCUGGUAAUUUAAAUACUUGAGAGUUCUCUAAGUUGAGAUGUUAGGAACAGAAAGACUUACAAGUUGAAAGCUUCAUUUGCUCUUAUUGCUGGAGAAGGCAAAGUAAUUGUGGAUAUCCUUGAUUUGGUGCUUCAUUAUUGGCUGAACAAACCUCUUAAAUUUUAUUACUAAAGCAUGGGGCUUGUUCUGAAAGUUCCCACUACAGCCAAACCACAUCAACCAUUGACUUUUAGAUACGACUUACUGUACCAGUAAAUAUGGCAAUGCUAUUGAGAGCCUUGACAACUCAUGAGAAGGUAUUUAAGAAAUUAUGUUAGAGAUUCCCGUCACAUCCUAUAGUCCUCAGGAAUGCCUGAGCUUCUGGCUUUCACCCAAGACUGAACAACAGGUUUUAUUAAACAGAAUUGAGUACCACAAACUAUAAAUCUUUUUUCUUUUUUUUUUUUUGAAAACAGAUUUCAAACUUUCUGAUAACAUAUACAGAAUACAGAAAAUGUAUAUAGUAUCUCAUGCUGAAUUCAUUAAAGUAGCUGAUACUACUUUGAUAUCACUGAAAUCAAGAGGAUAUGUAGAAAUAGGCUGGUGACUACAACUCAUAAAUAUUUAAUGGAGACUUAGUUUUACUUGAAUCAUGUUGCAUAUUAUUACUGAAUGUUUCAGCUAUAAAAAGCUUUGCAUUUAGAUUGUAAAAUGAGAACAAACUGAUUUACACAUACAUGUACACUUAUAUCCCAUAAGGAAAGCAAUGGAGCAAACAAUCAACUCUGGCCAUCAACAGUACAGUGCAAUUACUUUCUGCUUCUUGGAUAUGGGUGUCGAGGAAGAGCAGAAAGAUUGGAAAUCAGUGAUAAAUCAAAUGGUGAGCUGCUGAUAAAAGUUGAAGCAUGUUUGGUGAACAGUGCUUUUAAUGACUAUUUAAAGAGAACUCUUUAAUCUCAUCUCUGAUCAGUGCUAAAUUGUCAUGUCAUUGUAAUAGUGUUUGAACACAGACUAUAGGUUUAACUCUAUUCAGCUAUAAAGGUAACCAUCUUUGGCAUAAAUUUGCCUCCAUAUUAUGCUAGUCAAUACUUAGCUAUUAAAGUACUAGUCUAGAAAACUGCAAUCUGUUUUUUAUGUGGAAAACUUGAUUAUUCAAGUUUGUAUUGAUUAGUGUCAAGUUGUCUGGCUAUAGUGUUUGUUUUUUCUCCCUGUAUUCUUUACUGCACUUCCCUUAAACUAGCUUCAGUGAGCAUUAUAAUAGUAAAGAAACAUCAUCUUUGUACUAACUCUUCUGGUGAUUCACUGAGGUGAUUUUGCCUCCCUUUUUCUACAGUUACGUGAACACCUUAUUUUUUUCUUACUUCACUUGAGGGAAAAAAAUGCAAACAAACUUCAGUGAGACAAGUAUUAAUUUGGCUGUAAUAUACACCCAAGCUGCCUUUCCAGUUCGUUAAAAGAUGGCAUUUAAUGUUUGACUUGUAAAGACAAAAUAUUCUUUUUUUUUUCUUUUUGCACUACAUGAGAGGUGAUUGAUCGCUCUGUCCAGGAUUUAAAAAAAAAAAAAAAAAGCUAAAUUCUUUUGUAAUUUUCUAGAAACUGGGCUUGUUCAUUCAUUCCCUUCUUGUUAACUAUAUUGUAGGGGAAAAAGUAAUGGGUGGGUGCCUGUAUCUUUGAGUAGGUCCUAACUAGGUGAAAAUACCAAACUGUAAAUUAUUUUACAUUCUUUAAAAAGCAUUUAAAUAUGUUGUCAGACUGGAAUCACAUACACCUGGAAAUCCACUCUGUUCUUAAACCUUUUCCUUUGAAACUUGUGCUGAAUAACUUAUAACCUAAAAUGUAUUUUGGAUUUUGUACCCUCUGCUCCUUUUUGUUAAGGGGGAGCAAAUUGGAAAAGGAAUAUAGUAGUUAAAUGGAACUUAUCCUUGAAUAUAACAUUGAAUUAUUAGUAGAAGAGGCUGGUAAGAGUGGAGUGUCCUGGGUCAAGCAAUUGCAGUGUUGCAUGCAAAAUUUCAAAAUGAACUUGUCUUAAUUAUAUUUUGUAAAUGGAUAAACAAUCAUCUUUCUACGCAGUGAUGGAAGAAUAUUAGUGCUUUGUGCAUUUUGAUAUUUGACUUCCUCUUUUCACCAUUGUUAACUGUUUUGACACAGUUGGGUUCAUUAUCAUGGUUCAUAGACAUCAGAAUGCUAAAUGAUACUGUAUUUUUAAGUUUGUGUUGCAAGAAUGAAUGGAAUAAACUUGAAUUGUGCGGUAUGGGAA